AUGGCACAGACAAACUUAACUGACGAUGAAAACCAAAAACCACUAAGAGAACUGUGGUGCUCGGCCGAAUUUAUCAGAGGUGUAGAUUGCGAGCUUAUUUUUCUUUCCGCUGUAAAUAUAUUUCUUUCCAUCACUGCAUUUCUGGGGAACACUCUGAUCCUAGUUGCUUUACACAAGGAAACUUCACUUCACCCGCCGUCCAAACUCCUGUAUCGUAACCUAGCGAUAACUGAUCUCUGUGUUGCUAUCAUUGGACAGCCUUUGAAUGUGACUUAUUGGAUUUCUGUGGUGACGGAAAGAUGGAAUUCGAAUAUUUGCUAUAAUUACGGACUUCGGGGAUCACGUUUCUCAGGUUAUACUUUGUGUUCAGUGUCUUUAUUAACAUCGACUGCAAUAAGCGUGGACAGACUUCUCGCCUUGUUACUGGGGCUCAGAUACAGACAACUUGUAACUUUGAAAAGA